UAAUUAUUAUUCUGAAACUUCUGUCUUUUCGGUUACAUAAUUAAUUAUAUACUAAUUAACGGAUUUACGAAAUUCUAUCGCCACGUCAGCAAUAAGCGAACGAUUUCAUUCCACAAUACCAGAGCAGAGACCAAGAGGGUAACACCCCUAAGUUAAAUCAAGAUAAAUGUACGUUUCAAUUCAGUCUGGGUUAAUUAUUAGACAAUCCUGAUUCGGAGACACGGCGUUUUCGAUAAAACUCAAUUUCAAUUAGUGAAUUCCGAGGUAAAGGGAAAAAAUGGGACGAGCUAAGAAUAAGUCUAUUGUCUGCGUAAUAGUUGUCAGCUUGGGGCUUGUGGCUGUCACAGCAUUGUUUCAAUCUAUGGUCGAGUAUGAAGAUGAAAUAAAAUUACGCAGAAGCGGUUCGGAUUAUAGACCUAGUACCGGUAACAGUAUUACAGCGACUAUAAAGAAUUCUGACUACGAUAUUGAUGAAUUCAUGGUAAAAUAUCGAAAAAUUCAUGAACAUCGGAUCAACCAUACCCGUGAAAUGUGUAAGAAAUACGAAGCAGAAAUACCGAAGAUGACAAAUCUUCCUCAUCUCCUCGUAGACGAAAAACUUAAAAUAGUAUAUUGCCAGAUACCAAAGGCGGGCAGUACUAGCUGGAGUCGAAUCUUUCUACAUCUUAAGGGCUACCUUGAUUACCCAGGAGCCUUGCGAUUGAGUCGUUAUCAAGUUAACUCAGCUUGGAAAAGAAACAUUCCACAGGUACACGAUUAUACAGUUGAGAAACAAACAGAAAUUCUAAAAACGUACACAAAAUUCAUGUUUGUACGACAUCCAUUUUCAAGAUUAUUAUCUGCUUUUAACGAUAAGUUAAAAUUUAAAGAAAAUGAAACUAUGACAGCCAUGCAGAAUCAAGUAGGGUGGCGAAUCUUAAGAAAAUAUAGACCUACUAAAAACGAUACAAACUACGAUAUUAGAUUUGAAGAAUUUAUCAAAAUGGCAAUUACUACAGGAAUAACUGCUGAUAAUGCCCAUUGGCGAGAAAUGCAUCGAUUGUGCUAUCCAUGUGAUGUUGGCUACGAUAUAAUUGGAAAAUUUGAAGAUAUUGAGAACGACGCGAAGUAUAUACUCACAUUAGCUGGUGCUGGAAACGUGGCAUUUCCAGGCACCUCUGGUACGUAUUUCACCAACAGCUCCAACCGUGAUAAACUUACAAAAUAUUAUGCUCCUGUUUCAAUUCCCGACAUAGCAGCACUUUACAACAAAUUCAAGUUUGAUUUUUGUUUAUUUGAUUACACGAUACCGUUGUUUUGAAAUCCAUCUGUGUGUCAAGUGUUCAUCUUGAAAUGGAAACACAAGCAUAUAUUCCAUCAACUUUAUAUAAAUACCCCUAAUCGAUGUGUAUGAGUGCAUUUGGAAGAAUAUUUUCGUGAUUCGAAAGAUGGACUGUUCUAUUCAAAGGAGGAACUGCGUUGAAUAAAACAGUCCACCUUUAAACAAUGAACAGUAUAUUUUGUAUUUGCUUAAUUUUCGUGAAUUAAACAAAGUUUUUCCUUGGUUAGACCUACCUUUUAUUCCAAUCAAAGAGUCCCUCUUAUAUCAAUGAAUGAAAACAUCGUAUUUUCACAAUUGUUGUGGCGUACAAUGGACAAAAUGAAUGGAACAAAAAUAAAUAAAAAUAGAAUUAAAUGAUUUCGAUAAAAAACAUUGAUUAUUUUCCCAUUAAAUAGUACGUCACGUGAUAUUAAAUUCUUUUUUAUGUGUCUUAUAGAGUUAAAAACAUAUUAGAACAAAGGCAGUUUAUAAGAUUUAUAUUUAUAUUUUGUAACAGGCCUCCUAACUGAUGCUUAUAUUUCCGGUCGACUAACACCAAAGGCUAUAGUAUUGUGUCAUCAAAUUUAUUAUAUAAUAUGUAACAUUUCCAUUAAACUCAAUAGUGUAAUGUUUUACCGAUUCUGUGAUUGGUACAUGGUUCAACUACUGUAGAAUAUCAAUAUUUCGA